UCGGAGCGACGCCUGGAGGCUCCAACAAGCAGAAGCGGAAGAAGAAAAACAAGCCGAAGAAGAAGAGGAGCCCGAGCGGGACUUCCGGCGGCAGCUUCGUGAUGGAAGGAAACAGGAAGUGCUCUGCUGUGACAGGAAGUGCCAGGAAGGUGAGAGACAACGCGGCCGACUGGCACAACCUGAUGCUGCGCUGGGACAAACUGAACGACGCCGGCUUCGCCGCCGCCGGCCGUGUCGUCGACCUGAGACUCAGACAGUCCCAUGGCGAGGCUCCGCCCCCCGCUCUCAGCUCCGCCCACGCUGACCUGCAGCAGGAGUGCCAGGAGCUGCUGGACGUCCUGGACAAAAUGGCGGCGGUGGUGAUGAAGAUGCGGCGCCUGGCGGCGUGGCAGAGCGGCCUGGUGGAUCUGGAGAGGUUCCAGCUGGGGGACGAGGGCCGGCCGGUUCCACUGUUCCACGGCUGGAGAACCGCUCAGUUUGAGGAAGCGUCCCGGCAGCUGCUGGAGGCGUACGGCCGGGAGCUGAAGCUGAAGCGGGCCGUCCUGCAGGAGCUGGCUCACACAGCGACCUCUGACCUCUGCAUGGUGUACCUGUCCUGCUGGCUGCACCAGCCCUACACCCCCCCCCAGGCCCGCCUCCGCCUGGAGGCGCUGCUGCUGGAGACGGGCCACCGGCCGCUGUAGGACGGCGAGAGGGACAGACGACACGGUCACAGAGUUUUCAGGUGGUUUUAUUGGAGGAACAGGAGCUGCUGCUGAAAUGUUUGAACAAAAUGAAUAAAACACGACUUCCUUCUCUCAGGUCCCGUACAAACCUCAGCUCACGUCUGGAAAAUGUUACGCCAGGAGUUUUUAUAAAAAGUAAUAAAAUAGUGCAACUUUUUUGUACUUUCUUUUCAUAUUUAUCUACAUAUAAACAUAUCACAACCAA